CAGCUUCUUCAGUUUUUCCUAAUACUAAUCAAUAUGAAAAGAAUUUCAAGACUACAUUAUCAAGAUAAGGCUAAUAUUACCAUAACUACACCAAUUUCAUUACAACAAACAACAUCUUUUUUAUUCUUCUUGCAAACCUUAAUUAAGUUAUCAAUUGAACAUUAUAUAUAUACAUUAGCUGCAGCUAAUGCAAUAAUCAUUCCAACUCAAUUAGCAAUAAUCAAAAGAAUGGCUGUCGUAAUUAGUCGAGACUUCUGCCUUUCAGAAGACGUUCAUCUAACGGUGGUGAGGAAAGUCGUGUCCCUCACAGACGGUAACUUCAUCGUCAAAGACGACAAGGGCAAUAUCGUCUUUAAUGUGAUCGAUAAGCUCUUCACUCUCCAUGAUCGCCACGUCCUCCUCGAUGCUCGAGGCACUCCCAUCGUCACUUUCAAGAAAAAGCAUUUGAGUGCACACAAAAGGUGGGAAGUUUUCAGGGGAGAGAGCUCAGAUGCAGAAGAUUUACUCUUCAGUGCUAAAACAUCUUCGAUCGUCCAAUUCAAGACCGAAUUAGACGUAUUUCUGUCGGAAAAUCCCGACAGAAACUCGUGGGAUUUUAAGGUUGUCGGGAGCUGGUUGGAGAGAUCGUGCGUCAUAUACGAUAAAAAUUCGACUCCCAUUGCUCAGGUAAUUAAACGUUUUUUUUUCGUUACUAAUUUUUCUUCUAAUUUUUUAAUCGAAAAAAAAAUUCGCAUUUUACGAUUACUAACGAUGAAUUUGUUUAUUUAUUAUUUAAAAAAUAUAUAUAUAUUUUGCAGAUGCAGAAGAAGCACACACUUUGUAAUACUGUACUUGGGAAGGAUACAUUUGGUGUGACUGUUUAUCCACAAGUUGAUUAUGCCUUUGUUGUUGCCCUUGUUGUCAUACUUCAUCAAAUCAACAAGGAUAAACAUGAUUAAUUUUAAU